AUGGCCACGCCCUUCCUUAUCUCCUACCCCUCCAACCCCACCUCCGGCCUCACCCUCAAGCAGAUUGCCUACUUUGGGCGAGUGCUGGUCAAGGUAUCAACUCUCGCCGAGGCUGAGCAGUUUCUACGACAGAACUUCCGCGCACUCGAUGUCUUUGUCGACGCGACUGCCAUCUCCUCCGCCGGUGACCUCGUGGAUGUCCUCAAUGCCGGUGCCGCUAAGAUUCUCAUCACCCUCGACCAAUUGACCGCACUCUCCCAGGAACAGUCCGUUCCCUCCUCUCGACUGCUUGUCUCCGCCCCCUCGGAUGCUCAGAUCGAUACUUUCCAGCAAUGGAUUGCCGCAGAUGUCACUGAGCGCAACGAUGCCAGUGUCUGUGUCACCCCCGCCGCGGUCUCCGCUGCGGCCACCAAAUUGAACAUCAGCUCAGACUCGCCCCGCCUGUUCACGACGUUUGGAGACGAGGCUGUGUCCGAGGACGCUGUCAACCAGGUUACACAAAAGGGUGCCAUUGCCAUUCUGCCUUCCCAGGCCUUGACUGUGGAGCGGGAUGCUACCGGCCAGAUCUCUGCUGCGAAGCUUAUUGCCUCGCGCGCUGUUACCGACCAGGCCAACGGCCUGUAUGCUACAUCAGUCACUGAUGAGCGUGGCUCCUGCCUUGGAGUUGUCUGGAGCAGCGACGAGAGUAUUGCUGAGGCACUCCGCACCGGUACCGGAGUUUACCAGAGCCGCAAGCGCGGCCUGUGGUACAAGGGCCAGUCAAGCGGUGAUGUGCAGGAAUUGAUCCGCAUUGGCUUCGACUGCGAUGCGGACUGCUUGGUGUUUGUGGUCAAGCAGAUUGGACGAGGCUUCUGCCACCUCGGCACUGAGACCUGCUUUGGCGCUUCGGCUGGUCUCUCCCGUCUCCAAAAGACCCUCCUUGCCCGCAAGGCCGAUGCCCCCGCCGGAUCGUAUACUGCUCGUCUCUUCAAUGAGCCGAAGCUCGCCGAGGCCAAGAUAAUGGAGGAGGCCGAGGAGCUCUGCCGUGCCACCACCAAGGAGGAGAUUGCCUUCGAGGCUGCCGAUCUGCUGUACUUUGCACUGACCAAGUGCACUGCUGCCGGUGUCACUUUGGAGGACAUCGAGCGUAACCUUGACCUGAAGAGCCUCAAGGUGAAGCGGAGAAAGGGUGAUGCCAAGGGUCCUUGGGCUGAGAAGGCUGGCCUUGUGAAGCCAGCUGCUGCCCCAGCUCCUGCCCCCGCCGCCGCUCCCGCUCCCGUUGAAGACCGCUCGCGCAUUGAGAUGAAGCGCGUGAUUACCUCCUCCACUCCCGUCACCGAGGUCAAGGAGUUCCUCAAGCGUCCCUCCCAGAAGUCCAAUGACGCCAUCGUCGCUAUUGCCAAACCCAUUAUCCAAGAUGUUCGCGACGGCGGCGAUGCUGCUGUCCUCAAGUACACUCACAAGUUCGAGAAGGCUACUUCUCUGACCUCCCCCGUUAUCAAGGCUCCCUUCCCUGCUGAGCUGAUGAAGUUGACUCCCGAUGUUCAGGAGGCUAUCGACAUUAGCAUUGGUAACAUCCAGCGCUUCCACGCCGCGCAGAAGGGCAGCAACGACACCCUUACGAUGGAGACUAUGCCCGGUGUUGUUUGCUCGCGCUUCUCUCGUCCCAUCGAGCGCGUUGGUCUUUACAUUCCCGGUGGUACUGCCGUGUUGCCCUCCACUGCUAUGAUGCUGGGUGUCCCCGCUAUGGUGGCUGGUUGCCAGAAGAUUGUUCUGGCUUCUCCUCCCCGCUCCGAUGGCAGCAUCUCUCCCGAGAUUGUCUACGUCGCCCACAAGGUCGGUGCCGAGAGCAUUGUCCUAGCUGGUGGUGCUCAGGCCGUGGCUGCCAUGGCCUACGGUACUGAAUCUAUCACCAAGGUGGACAAGAUUCUUGGCCCUGGUAACCAGUUCGUGACUGCGGCCAAGAUGUUUGUCUCCAACGAUACCUCCGCCGGUGUCAGCAUUGAUAUGCCCGCCGGUCCCAGCGAGGUUCUCGUCAUUGCUGACAAGACUGCUAACCCCGCAUUCGUUGCCUCUGACCUGCUGAGCCAGGCUGAGCACGGUGUUGACUCCCAGGUGAUCCUGAUCGCCGUUGACCUGAACGAGGCGCAGCUGCGUGCUAUUGAGGAUGAGGUCGACGCCCAGGCGAAGGCCCUUCCCCGUAUGGACAUUGUCCGUGGCUCGCUGGAGCACUCCGUUACUUUCGUGGUCCGUGACAUCAACGAGGCCAUGAUCCUCAGCAACGAGUAUGCCCCUGAGCACUUGAUCCUCCAAGUUGAGAAUCCCGAGGCAGUCGUCGACCAGGUUCAGAACGCCGGUAGUGUGUUCAUUGGUCCCUGGACCCCCGAGAGUGUUGGUGACUACUCUGCCGGUGUUAACCACUCGCUCCCGACCUAUGGCUACGCCAAGCAGUACUCUGGUGUCAACCUUGGCUCCUACCUCAAGCACAUUACCAGCUCCAACCUGACCGCCGACGGUCUCUUGGGUCUGGCUAAGACUGUUGAGACCCUCGCUGCUGUCGAGGGCUUGGACGCUCACAAGCGGGCCGUCAGCAUCCGUGUUGCACAGAUGAAGAAGGACCGCUCGUAG